UUUUGUCCUCACUCUUCUCGCCCCAUUUCUCCUCUCGCUACUGUUUUUUCCUUUUCUUUCUGAAAUGGGAUGUGGAAAUUCCUCUCCAGCCAAACACAUGACUAACAACAACAGCAGCAGCAACCGCAGCAGAGAUCCUGCUGAGUUUUCAUCAAAGCUAUCAGUUGAGUCAGUGCCAGAAGAUGACAAACGGAAGAACUAUGGAGGUGUGUACGUGGGGUUGCCUACAGACCUGAGCAGCAUACCCCAAGUCCAGAUUGGCUCACUCAGAGAGCCUCCGAGAGACUCGCUGUCCCUCAGGAAACCGCUGUGGGGGGACUGACUCUGGUUUUAAUGAAGAGCCAAGCCUGUGCAUGCUUCACUGUGUGAGUGACGACCUCCCCUGGUUCCUCUCCACAGUCUCAUUAAUGAGA